AUGACUUUCACGCGUAUGAAAACCCUAACAUUGCUCGUGUGUACGUUGCUGGCACUCAGUUUUCCCGGAUAUGUGAACUGCGCUAAUAACAAGAAAGGAUCACAGGCGCCAUCGGCGCCACUAGAACCAGAGGCCGUCAUCGAGGAGGUCAAUGCCAAGCAGUUGGAAAAACUCUUGGCCGACAAGGAUUAUGUUGCCGUUUUCUGGUAUGCGCGCAGCUGUGUGACCUGUGAUAAAGUUUUAGCGGAACUCGAAAAAAUCGACGAUGACACCGAUUCCUUUGGUGUGGACUUCGUUAAAAUCAACGACAAACGACUAGCAAAACAAUAUGGCAUCAAGAAUUUCCCUGCGCUUACAUACUUCAGAGAAAAGGAACCGAUUAUCUAUGAUGGCGAUCUUAUGGAUGAGGAGGGUGUGCUCGAUUUCCUAACUUCGCUCGAGGCUAUGGAUUUGCCAGAUCGGAUCGAGGAAGUCAAUGCAAAGAUAUUGCACAAGAUUAUCGAAGACACCGAUUUCGUUGCUGUUCUUUUCUGUCCAGAUCAUGAAACAUGCCCGCCCAGGGUUAUGGAUAAGCAGCAAUGCCGAAAAUGUGCCAAGGCCUUGCAAGAAUUGGAGAAUAUUGAUGAUGAGGCUGAUCAACUGGGUAUUGGAUUUGUCAAAAUUCACGACGAAGCUCUAGCCGAUGAAUACAAUUUGGGCAGCUUGCCGGCAUUGGUCUACUAUCGCCAUCAGACACCGAUCAUUUACGAAGGUGAACUUCAACGGGAGGAGGAUGUCUUGGAAUGGUUGGUGCAGAAUAAAUCAACUGGUGAUGAGGACGAUGUGAUCGAAGAUGUCACCACCAAGACGUUAUCAACGCUAAUCAGCAAUAUUGAUAAUUUGGUUGUGCUGUUCUAUGAUCAUGGCAAUGAUGAUUCGAUGACCGUGUUGGAGGAGCUAGAACAAAUUGACGACGACUGUGACAAGCAUGGCAUACAAUUUGUUAAAAUUGAUGAUGCCAAGGCGGCUGCAGAAUACGGAAUUGAAUCGAUUCCGGCAAUUGUUUACUUUGAAAAAGAAAUUCCAAAUGUUUACGACGGCGAUCUCAUGGAUGAGGAACAAAUCUUACGAUGGUUAUUGGCACAAUUGGAACGAGAUGAGAUCGAGGAUGUUACGGAUGAAAUGCUCGACACUAUGAUUAAAGAAGGACGAGUGUUGGCGGUGUUGUUCUAUGACAACAAUGAUAAAAAAUCCCAAAAAGUACUCGAAGAACUUGAGAACAUUGACGAUGAAUGCGAUGCUCUGGGCAUUACGUUCGUAAAAAUCGAUAAUCCCGAGGAAGCCGUUGAAUAUGGCAUCAAUAAAGUUCCUAAGCUAAUAUACUUUGAAAAAGGCAUUCCAACUAUAUACGAAGGAAAUCUGGAGGAUGAGGAGAAACUUUUAAAAUGGCUCGAAGAGCAAACGAGUUCCGAUCAAAUCGAAGACAUUACCGACGAAAUGUUGGACUUGAUAAUUGAAAAAAUGCCACAUGUUGCUGUGUUGUUCUACGAUAAAGACCAGAAAAAAUCACAGAAAAUCCUCGCAGAAUUGGAAAACAUAGACGAUGAGUGCGAUCAGAAUGAUAUUGCUUUUGUUAAAAUCGAUGAUGAUAAGGAAGCUAAAGAAUGGGGUAUCGAUGAGAUACCAUCGAUUGUACUCUUUGAACGUGGCAUUCCACACAUCUACGAGGGUGAUCUGAUGAAAGAAGACGAAUUACUUGGCUGGUUGGUGCACCAGAAGCGUUAUUCUGAAAUUCCUGAAGUUACUGAUGAAAUGAAGGACAAAUUGGUCGAGAACACUGAGCAUUUAGCAGUUAUUUUCUACGACAAGGAAGACAAGCAGGAUAUGCGCAUUCUGAAUGAACUGGAAAAUAUUGAUGAUGAAUUAGAAAAGGAAGGCAUUGUGAUUGUUCGCAUUGAUAAUGCCGCUGAGGCCAAGGAAUACGGUCUCGACCAUUUGCCUGCGCUCAUUUACUUUGAAAACAAAAUACCUGCCUUGUAUGAGGGGGAUCUCAUGAACGAGGACGAGGUGUUGGAGUGGCUGCUAGUUCAAAAGAAAACUGCUACCAUUGAAGAGGUUACAGAUGAGAUUUUGGUAAAUCUGAUAAAUGAACAUGAGUAUGUCGUUGUGUUCUUUACGGGUCCCUGCGAGCCAGGCGAGAAAUGCGAUAACACCUUAAGCGCCCUGGAAAGCAUCGAUGAUGAGUUGGACGAGGCUGGCAUUAUUUUUGUUACUACUGAGGAUACCGGCAUUGCAAAGAAAUACGGUGUCAAAUCUUAUCCGCGUUUGGUAUUCUUCAGAAACCGUGACCCUCUUCAUUUCACUGGUGAUUUGGAAGAUGAAGACGAAGUGUUGUCCUGGAUAACCGAUGAGGAAACACUUGAGAUUCCCGGAAAAAUUGAAGAGGUUAAUGUUAAAAUGCUGGAUAAGAUUUUGGCAGAAAACGAUCAUGUAGUUGUGUUCUUCUAUACUGAAGGCGAUAAGAAAGCCCAAAAAAUUCUGAAUGAGUUGGAGAACAUUGACGAUGAAUGCGAGGAAAAAGACAUCGACUUUGUAAAGACAUCCGACCAGGAUAUUGAUAAGGAAUACGACUUGCCUGGAUUGCCUGCGCUUGCAUUUUAUAGACAUAAGUUUAGAACAAUUUACACUGGUGAUCUGAUGAAGGAGGAAGCUAUUUUGGAAUGGGUUAUCGACUUACAUGAGUCUACGGCUGAUGUUAUUGAAUCUGUCGAUCGCAAGACCUUGCAAGUGCUGAUCAAUGAUGUGGAACAUUUAGCUGUUUUCUUUUACGAUGACGAGUGUGAAACAUGUCCUGGCAUAUUGGAGGAAUUGGAAAAUAUCGAUGACGAUACCGAUAAGCAUGGCAUCCAGUUUGUCAAAUCCAACGAUGUGAAGUUGGCCCACGAGAUCGGCAUUUUCGCUUUCCCCGCCUUGGUUUACUACGAGACUGGCGUUCCAAUCAUGUAUGAUGGCAACAUUGCAAGUAAUCAGGAGGUAUUCCAUUGGAUACUCGAACAGAAGGCCGACCAAAGCAUUGAGCUUAUUAAUCGUGAAAAACUAUUCGAGUAUAUAGACACCAAAGACUUUUUAGCGGUUGUAUUUUACAAAGAGGACGAUCCCGACGCACCUCGAGUGCUGCGCCACAUCGAACUGAUUGAUGACGAGGCUGCUGAAUAUGGAAUUUAUAUUGUCAAAAUGCAUGACAAGCUUAUGGCCAAGAAAUAUGGCUUUAGAAACCCACCAGGUCUUACCUAUUUCCGCAAAGGAAAAUAUAUCAACUACGAUGGAGACAUCGACGAUGAGGAGGAAGUGCUCGAUUGGCUCACAAGUCCCGCAAAUAUGGAGAUGACGGAUCACAUCGAGCAGGUCAACCGAAAGAUGUUUGAGAAAAUACGCAAGAAUUCCGACUAUGUGGCAGUUAUAUUUUAUAGCGAAGAGUGCAAGCAAUGCCCACGUGUACUGGCAGAGGUCGAACAUAUUGACGAUGAAGCGGAUAAGGCUGGAAUCGAUUUUGUAAAGAUCGAUGAUAAACAAAUGGCCAAGGAGUAUGGAGUAUUUGCUCUGCCAGCAAUUGUAUUUUUCAAACCCACUUCCAAAGAGCCAGUCAUUUACGCCGGUGAUCUUUAUGAAGAAGAGCAAAUCCUCACUUGGUUACUUACGCAAAAGGAUCCAAGUGGUGAUGUCAUUGAAGAUCUCGAAGGCGAAAGACUUGUUCAAUUAAUUGAAGAGUCUGGCUCUAUAGCGGUGUACUUUUGGAACAAAACCAAGUGCGAUAUUUGCAAUUCAAAAGCGGCUCGUAAGGCACGCCUUAAAAAGGAACGUGACCAACAGCAACAGGAAGGUGGUGGUGCCAGUGCUGCGGCCGCCUUUGGUGGUGAUGCUGAGGCAGCCGAAGGUGGUGGCGAGGGUGCAGCAACAGCAACAACAACGGCGGAAUCCUCAACGUCGUCAAACAAACACGACGAUGAUGCCGAUGGCUGUGAACAGUGCACGAAAGUGCUGGAGGAGCUGGAGAAUAUAGACGAUGACUGCGACAAACAUGGCAUUACCUUCGUGAAGACGCGUGACUUUUCUGUUGCCGAUGGCUACGGCGUGCAUGAGUAUCCAGCCUUAGUCUACUUCGAGGGAGGUAUACCCAAUGUUUUUGAAGGCGAACUCAGCGAGGAGGAGGAAGUACUGCAGUGGUUGAUUACGCAAAAAACUGAAGACCGUAUUGAGCUAAUAACACGACAAAUGCUCGAGACAAUGGUCGAGGAAACACAAUAUCUAGCCGUUUAUUUCUACAAAAUCAACUGUAAUAUCUGCGAUCAGAUAUUGGAAGGGCUUGAACUGAUUGAUGAUGAGUGCGAUGUAUUCGGAAUACAUAUGGUUAAGAUACAAGACCCACAACUGGCCAAACGCUAUUCAAUAAAGACAUUCCCAGCUCUGGUUUACUUCCGCAAUGGCAAUCCUUUGCUAUUCGAGGGUGAUCUGCAAAACGAACAAUCUGUGCUUGAAUGGCUUAUUGACGAUGAUAAUCGUGAGCUGGCCGAUGAAAUUGAGGAAGUUAAUGAACGUAUGUUGGAUCGUCUGAUGGCCGAAUCGACUCUCUUGGUUGUAUUCUUUUACGAUGAUGAUUGUGCCGAGUGUGAGGAAAUACUUGAAGAACUUGAGGAAAUAGAUGGCGAGGCCGAUAUGUUUGGCAUUGACUUUGUGAAGAUAGCCAGCGUGGAGGCAGCCAAAAAGUACGAAAUUGUGAAUAUACCUUCCUUGGUGUAUUUCAGAAAACAAGUGCCUGUUUUGUAUGACGGCGACAUGCAUCAGCAUGAUAAGGUCAUUACUUGGCUAACAUCGCAGGAUGUAUUCGAAAUUAAAAACGAAAUCGAAGAAGUCAAUCGCAAAAUGCUUGACAAAUUACUCGAAGAAAACGAAUUUAUAUCAGUGUUCUUUUAUGAGCACAAUCAACAGGACAGCAUAGCCGCUUUGGAAAAGCUGGAAAAUAUUGAUAGUGAAACGGAUAAUCUUGAUAUAACGUUUGUAAAAAUGGCAGACUCACGCUAUGCUAAGAAAUGGGGCGUCACAAAACUGCCGGCCAUGGUUUACUUCCGUCGCCGAUUCCCUAGCAUAUAUAGAGGCGACCUAUUGUCCGAAGACGAAGUGCUGGAAUGGCUGCGCAAGAAUCGUUUCCGCCAACCCGAAUUGAAUAUAUUCAUGUAUGCUCUGAUAGCCUUGGCGGUAGCCUUCGUCGUCUACACCGCCUUUUUGCUGCAGUGCUUCAAGCCAGCGCCCCCGCCACCCGUGCAGCAUCCCAAGCAGUCGUGAUCAUGUACGAGCUGGCUUGUAGGCUCAUUUUUGCUGCUUGGAGAUUUUAAAAUAUUGAUUAGGAAAGAAAGCAACUUGAACAAGCGAAACUGAAAGUAGAGGUGUCUGCUUCUAAAGAGGGAGAAAGAGAGAAAGGAAGAGUGAGAGAACAAGUAAAAUAAUCAUUACAAAUCAUAAUCAUCAAACACACACAAACACCUAGUCAUCGCUUAUCAUCCAAUCGUCUAAAUUAGACGCCGAUAAAAAAAAGUGACUACGACGAUGUACUACUGCAGCAUUGCUGCUAAAUCCUAGAACCAAACAUUUCUGAUGUCAACAACAAGAAGAGAAGGAAAAUAAACUUUGCAAUACAAUAAAUAAUAAUAAUGGCAAUCCGUUAGUUCCAAAAUAGUUCCAUGAAAUAUACGUUUACUAUUGACCCAGUCUAAUUACUUUGUGAGCCUGCCUUACAAUAUUUUUAUGGAUCAAUAAAAUGUAAUAAUUUUUCAAUAAAAUACGAGUAUGUAGGUACUUAAUAAAUAAAUGAAUUAAUGAACACACACACAAACAGAAACACA